UGUGAUUGACAGCUGGACAUUUUUCCUGCUCAAUCUCAAGAGGAAAGUCUGCCAAAACUGUCCGACCCAAAACACUUCUCGCUCGGAUCCGGAUUCCGGAGUGUUUAUCCGGAUUGGAUCUCAGCUGUAGAGCUCAGUCGGGUUCGGAAAACUUCAAAGUUUCUAGAGAUCUAACUGAUUGGUAGACCUGGAGCCAGAUCUGAGGCCUGGACUGGGGGGUGAUGGGGGGCAGCGGGAGAAGAUGCCCCCGGAGGAGGAGGAGGAGGCAGGAGCACACAGACGAGAGACGUACAACAUGUCCCGUCUGCGGAGUUCCUCUCUGGAGAUCAAGGAGAAGGGAACAGAAUUCCUCAGAGAGCAGCUGGAUGCUGCACAAAAGGAGCUGAAGUUGAAAGACGAGGAGUGUGUCAAACUGUCUCAUGUCAGGAAUCAGCUGGAGCAGGAACUGGAGGAAUUGACCGCCAGUCUAUUUGAGGAGGCUCAUAAGAUGGUGCGAGAGGCCAACGUGAAACAAGCGGCAGCUGAGAAGCAGCUGAAGGAGGCCCAGGGCAAGAUUGAUGUCCUGCAGGCGGAGGUCUCUGCUCUGAAAACCCUGGUGUUGACCUCUACGCCCUCCUCCCCGAACCGCCAGCUCCAUCCUCAGCUGCUGUCGCCGGGCUCCAGUCGGGCCUCGUCUCGUCCCGGGGGCCACACGCGCAACAAGAGCGCCAGCGGUGCUCUACAGCUGCAAACGGAGCCCACGCCGACGGAUGUAGCGUCAAACCGGGAGGACAAAGAGUUGGACUCGGUGCUGUUCGCAGAGUUCCUCUCGUGGAAGGAGACGCCCAGUCUGGAUCGCUCCUCAGCGUUCAUCAGCAGGGUGUACAGAGAAGAUAUCGGGCCGUGUCUUUCAUUCACCUGCUCUGAGUUGUCUCAGUCGGUCCAGUGCGCAGUGGAGAAUAACUCUCUCACCAUCGAGCCCGUCGCCAUGUCGUCUCUGCACACGGUCAAAGCCCUCGAAUGUGGAGGACCCAACGGUUGCCGGACACCCAUAGAAACUAAAUGUGCGCUGAGCGGCAUGUCCCGCCCCUGCCGACAUCGCAUCAAACUGGGAGAUAAAGAGAAUUACUACUAUAUAUCUCCGUCUAGCAGAGCACGAAUCACAGCCGUGUGUAAUUUCUUCACUUACAUCAGGUACAUCCAGCAGGGCCUCGUCAGACAGGACGAUGUUUUGGGAAGUGAUGCGUCUGCGGAGAGAGAUGAGUGUGGCCAAACUGGGAUACUUUCUGACGGAGGAGAGCUAGAGAACCAGCACACAAACACAAAUACAGCACGGUCAUCUCAACUUUCACUCAAACACUCCCAUGCUGGCGUUUUCUAGCUCCAUAUUCAUGUAUGUAUUCAGCGAAGCACUA